AUGAACAAUGUCCCCGCUGCUCUAUUCAACGCGUCGGCGGCCUUCAAACAACAUUAUCCGUCCCCGCACGUGGCCGCUCCAAAGACGCCCCUGAGAGCUCUCGAUCGGAUAAGGCAGUUGUGCGCCCCAGCCCAGGAACAAGAACAUCUCCAGGUCCGCGACCCUCCCACCGCCUUCGUCUCCAUGCGGCUCUGCGCCCGCUCACGCCUCGACAGCAAGCACGUCGCCGCAGACAACCUCGACGUCGCGCUGCUCGUCUUUCACGACACACGCGACGGCCAGCGCCCCCGUAUUGCAAAUGCUCAGUUCCUGUGGAACGUUGCCCAGGCGCGCUUCUCGGCCGUUCCUGCCUGCAUGACCUCGAGCCAAGGCCCACGUAUGCCAGCAGCUAGAACCCCCCGCUUCUCCAGAACGGGUCUCUCGCCCGUCUUGUCGGCCGGCGGCGACUUCAAGCGCGAGCUUCUCACAGGGCGGCCCGCUGCAGACUCCCAGGCCUCACAUGUUCACGCGCAAUGA